CGUCGCUGCCAUAACAACCGAGGAGCCUGCAUUCUCUGGCCCAACUAGGAGCUUAACUGGCCUCCGGGGUCAGGGCUGUUUCCCACGCGGAGCCCAGGACAUCUGGGGCUGCACAGCCACCAUGCCCAGUGACACUCUCUGGGAAGUCGCAAAGGCUGAAGUAGAGAAGAAGACAAGCCAGGGCAGUGAAGGGAAUGGGGCCGAGAUCGGAGAAAAAUCGGUCUUCUUCCUUGGCAGUAAAAAUGGGGGAAAGACUACGAUUAUUCUAAGGUGUCUUGACAGGGAUGAGCCAGCAAAGCCAACCUUAGCUUUGGAAUAUACAUAUGGAAGAAGAACGAAGGGGCAUAACACACCAAAAGACAUUGCUCACUUUUGGGAGCUGGGUGGAGGAACCUCCUUAUUGGACCUAAUAAGCAUACCAAUCACGUGUGAUUCGUUGAGGACAUUCUCUAUUGUUCUUGUCCUGGAUCUAUCCAAACCUAAUGAUCUCUGGCCCACCAUGGAAAAUCUGUUGCAAGCCACAAAAAGCCACGUAGACAAAGUGAUAAUGAAGCUGGGGAAGAUAAAUUCCAAAGCAGCCUCGGAGAUGAGGCAGAAGAUGUGGAGCAUCAUGCAGAAGGACCAUCCGGAUCGUGAGUUAAUUGACCCGUUUCCAAUACCCCUGGUCAUAAUCGGAAGUAAAUAUGAUAUUUUUCAGGACUUUGAUCCUGAGAAGAGAAAGGUGAUAUGCAAGACGCUUCGGUUUGUUGCACAUUAUUACGGAGCCUCACUGAUGUUUACCAGCAAAUCGGAAGCUCUGUUACUGAAAAUACGUGGUGUUAUCAACCAGUUGGCAUUUGGUAUUGAUAAGAGCAAAUCAAUAUGUGUGGAUCAGAAUAAACCACUGUUUAUCACAGCAGGAUUGGACUCUUUAUGUCAAAUAGGGUCCCCUCCUGUUCCCGAUAGUGACAUUGGAAAGCUUCAGGCCCAUUCGCCAAUGGAGCUGUGGAAAAAGGUGUAUGAAAAGCUCUUCCCCCCAAAGAGUACCAGCACCCUGAAGGCGAUCCAGGACCCUGCCCGAGAUCCACAGUAUGCAGAAAGUGAAGUGGAUGAGAUGAGAAUUCAGAAGGAUCAGGAACUGGAACAGUACAAGAGAAGUUCUUCCAAGACCUGGAAACAAAUUGAGCUGGACUCUUGACCCUGGUCCACUAGUGUGGGUUUUUGUCUUCCUUCCCGAGUUCAAGUAAGAUUCUUUUCUUCCCUUCUGUGGCCAUGUGUGAGGAAAGCGGAGAUGUAUAGUGUAUUAGAGGAAGUGUUCUGGUUCAGCUUUGUGAACGUUCUGAAGCCUUCUAGAGAGAAACUAUGCACUGUAUGUAAUUCUUUGUAAAUAAAAGAAUUUUCUAUCUCCUA